AGCUAGUGCGGCCUAGGUUGUGUGACUACACACCUAGGGAGUCUGGCCACAAGUUUUAGUUAAAUUAAAGCUGUUUAAAGAGAGCGGAAUGGAGCAAACGGCAACGGGGGCUGAAAGGUCCGAUCCCGGAGACAGCGAACAGGACGAGGAGGAGGAUGUGUACGAAGUGGAGAGGAUUAUUGACAUGCGAGUGGAGGAGGGGGAGGUCCUGUACCGUGUUCGCUGGAAGAACUACACGUCGGACGAUGACACCUGGGAGCCCGAGGCCCACCUGGAGGACUGCAGGGAGGUGCUGCUGGCCUACAGGAAAAAGGUGGCGGAGAGCAAGCCCAAGAAAGACCUGGCUGUGAAGCUGCCCAUGAAGAGCGACCUCUUCGAUGCCGACUCGGAGAGCGAGGACGAAAAGAGGGACGCGUCGCCUCCAAAGAAGAAGAAGAAAAAGAAGAAAUCAAAGGAAGCGAUUGUGGACCUCUCGCCUGAAGCGCACAGGAAGGAGAAGAAGAAGGAGAAGAAGAAGUGGAAGCAGGAGAGGGCGCUGCCGGCGCCGGAGUCUGACGGGACGGUGUCGGAGGAGGAGGAGAGCGCCCCCGCCGCGCCGGCCCCGCCCCUGCCCCCAGCCCCGCCCCGCAGCCAGAAGAGGGCCAUCGAGUCGGAGGACAAGGAGGAGGCGCCCGUCACGCCCAAGAAACACAAGAAAGACAAGCCCAAAGAUGGAGGCAAGCAGAAGAAAGACAAGGGCAAAGAUGGAGGCAAGCUGAGGAAGGACAGCGGAGAGGGCAAGAAGAGGAAGGAUCACCGAAAGGAGCUGGACUCCACCGAGGAUGAGGAGGAGGAGGAAGAGGAGGAGGAGGAAGGGUCUACCAAUGCAGAAGGGGAACUCUGUGAAGCGCCGUGGGAGUCUCCCAAAAUGCCGACGGACAUGGCAGACACCGAGAGCUGGGAGCCCCCCGAGGGGACCCCCGCCACCCCCGCCAAUCCGGCGGAGAAGCAGGGGGAGGAGGCAGAGUCUGCGAAGGCCAAGCAGAAGAAGAACAGGGUGGGGCUUAAGCUGCAGGGCAUCAGAGAGCUCAUCCAGGAGAAGAAGGGCAAGAAGUCCCCGCCCCCUCAAAAGGAGACCGCCCAGCAGAAGCUCAAGAGCCUGAUGAGCUCCAAGAGCGCCAGCAAGAGCCACAGCAAGGUCCCCCGCAGCGGCGCCGAGGACGAGCCCGCCCUCCUCUCCUCAGACUCCAGCGAGGCCGCCGCCGUCGGCUCCGUCAAGAGGAAGAACAAGAGCAAAGCCAAGGAGGCUGCCGCCCAGAGGGCCUCUUCCUCUCCCUCCUCCUCAACCGGCGCCACCGCCAAGGAGGACGAUGCCAACGCGAAGGUCAAAGACCCUUCCUCCUCCUCCUCCUCCUCAUGGCCAGGAAAGCAGGAGGACGCCAUGGAAAAGGACCAGCCGGUCUCCACCAACCUGUUCGAGAAGUUCCUGCUGAACUGUGAGGCCAAGGACCGGGUUCCAAGGCGACAGUCCGUUCAUGCCCCGCCCAUGGAGAGCAGAGCCGAGCAGGCGAAGACCACCACGCCAAAGACCCCGGGGAAGACGGAGAAAAAGGGGAAAACCUCGAAGGAGUCGCCGGUUCAGAAACUGGAGCAGGACAGGACGGAGAAGGCCAAGCGGGAGACCAAGAGCUCGGAGGCUCCACGGCCAGUGCAGAGCCCCUCUGCCCAGGAGACAGAGGAGAGGCAGGAGAGGAGGGUGAGUACGGACAGCCUUACGGACAGGCGAGGGAAGACGGACAUGGAGCGGGGAAGAGCCGAUGAGCUAACAGAGUCCAGGGCGGCCGGAGACCCCCUGGAGAGGAAGGCAGAGGCUAAAGAAAAGAGGGAGGAGUCGAGGGAGAGGAGGGAGGAGCCACAAGAAAAGAAGGACGAGUCACGAGAGAGGAGGGAGGAGCCACGCGAGAAGAAGGACGAGCCGAGGGAAAAGAAGGACGAACCGCGGGAGAGGAGGGAGAGGCCCGAGGAGACGCGGGGAGGUCGGUGGGAGAAGAAGGCGCCCGGGGUGGCGUCUCCCGAGCCGGCGGACGACGCGGCGGCGGCGGCCGGGAGGUGGAAGGAGCGGAGGAGAAGGCGGGACGGCAGCGAGCCGCACCUUUACGUCGGCUGCGACGACAAUCAGGAACCUCAGGACCUGCUGGGGAAUGCCGACAGGACCCUGGACAGGGGGCAGGCUUCCCUGAACCUCGGGGUGGAUCUCAAGCUGGACUGGAUGACACUGGAGGACUUCCAGAAACACUUAAACGGAGAGGAUGAGAUUCUCUCUGCUGCAACUAUAACUCCCAGUGAACUCCGGGACGCAGUGAAAACUGGAGACUACAUUGCAGUGAAGCUUGCACUCAAUUCCAAAGAGGACUACAAUCUGGACCAGGAGGACUCGAGCGGGAUGUCUCUGGCCAUGCUGGCGGCGGCGGGGGGGCAGGACGACAUCCUGCGGCUGCUGAUUAAGAAGGGGGUGAAGGUGAACGGCCGGCAGAAGAACGGCACCACCGCGCUCAUGCACGCUGCUGAGAAGAACUUCCUGACGACGGUGGCCAUCCUGCUCGAGGCAGGGGCUUGUGUCAACGCACAGACGCUGGGCGGAGAGACGGCGCUCAUGAAGGCUUGCAAGAGGGGGAACGCUGAUGUAGUGCGCCUCCUGCUGGAGUACGGGGCGGACUGCAACAUCCUGUCCAAGCACCAGAACAACGCCCUACACUUCGCCAAGCUCAGCAACAACGUGACGGUGUACGACUACGUCAAGGACCACAUGAACACGUUGUCGAGCGUGGCGGAGGAGACGAUCCGGGCGUACUUCGAAACGCGGCUGGCCCUGCUGGAGCCCGUGUUCCCCCUGGCCUGUCACAGACUCUGCGAGGGGCCCGACUUCUCCCUGGAGUUCAACUACAAACCUCCCCCACACAGCCCUGCUGAAGGGUCAGGGAUUCUCCUCUUCAUCUUCCACGCUAACUUCCUGAGCGAGAUCACAGCCCGGCUCUGUGGCCCCUGCAGCGUCCAUGCUGUGGUGCUCAACGACAAGUUCCAGCUGCCCAUCUUCCUGGACAGCCACUUCAUCUAUUCCUUCAGCCCCGUGCAGGGCCUCAACAAACUCUUCAUACGGCUGGCGGAGUCCCCCACGGCCAAGGUCAAGCUGCUGAUCUGCGCAUACAGAGUGCAGCUGCAGUGAUGUGCAACACACCCCCCCUCCCCUACCCCCACCACCCGCCCUGCAGGUCAAAGGUUGUGUGCUGCCCAGCCCUAGCAGAAGACACUCCCAUAACCUCCAAAUAUGGCACAAGCCACACCCUCCAGGACGAAAGAGCCAAAGAAGAUGGAUGAGUGAAGACGGUCUGGCCUUGUGGCCUGAAAGUGGG